AUGUACGAAGUAACCGAGGCGAACGUGAAGCGCAUCCUCGAUCACCAUCGCGGAGGAUCCACAAUUAUCGCGGAGUUCUCCCAGAUUCAUCUGCACGGUUUUGGUGCCUUUACGCCCAGUCGGACGUACUACGUAUGCGUUGACGAUGGAACGUCGUACAUCAUGAAAACGGCCGCGCCCACAUCGACUGAUUCAGGAAACUAUUCUCCCAAUUCUCUCGAAACGGAACACGCGCUCUUGAAAAUCGUCGCAUCCCAAACGAACCUGCCCAUCCCAGCUAUUUACGCCUUCGAUAUCUCCGCGACGCGCGUCCCAUUCUCCUACUUGCUCCUCGCGCACUCCAAAGGGGUUCCGCUUACACUCGCGCGCGCCUCAGGGAAGCUCUCCCCGCGCCAGGCCGCCCUGCUCGACCUGCGCCUAGGAUCGUAUCUCAAGCAACUCCACGAGCGGGUCCAGAAUGAUUGGUUCGGCUUCCCGACCCAAGCAAAGGACGAGCUGUAUAGCUGGCAGGAGGCGUUCACUCUCCUAUUCGAGACGGUCCUCGAGGACGCGCGCGAGGCCGGAGUCGCGCUGCCGUACGAGGACGUACGGCGGUACCUCUCGCGCGCGAUCGGGUUUUUCCUGUUCGACGACUGCGAGGUACCGUCGCUAGUGUCGUUCACGGGCGAUGAGGACUCAGUGCUCGUCGACUUCGACUUGAUAAGCGGGGUUCCGGAGGACAGGGAGAUCCAAGUGACGUCCUUCGUGUCCGUAGGGCAUGCGCUGUGGGGCGACCCGCUGCUGGAGACGCUCUUUUUGGAGCCGAGCGCGGCGUUUGUGGAGGGGUAUGGUGGCCCGCUGGUCGUGUUUGCGAGGCAGAAGACAAAGCGUCUGUGGUAUACAUUGUUCUUGGCACUCGUCAUCCUCGUGCAGGCGAAGCGUCCAGGACUCGAGGAGGGUGACCAUGAAAAGGUGAAUUGGGCGAAGGAGACAGCGGAGAAGAGUGUGGUUGCGCUCAAGGAUGCCCCAUGCUAUUAG